AUGACAGAGGAGGUGAUUGUUGUAGCCAAGUGGGACUACACUGCCCAGCAGGACCAGGAACUUGACAUUCGAAAAAACGAGCGUCUUUUCCUGCUGGACGACUCCAAAACGUGGUGGCGUGUCCGCAACGCUGCCAACCAGACAGGCUACGUGCCGUCCAACUAUGUGGAGCGCAAGAACAGCCUGAAGAAAGGCUCACUGGUGAAGAAUAUCAAGGACACACUAGGUUUGGGAAAAACAAAAAGGAAAACAAGUGCCCGUGAUGCUUCGCCUACGCCGAGUUCUGACACGGAAUACCCCACCAACGGUGGCGGCGGGAUGGGAGGAGGAGGCGGAGGAGGAGCGGCCGAGAGAAUCAACGACCUCAACAUCCCUGCCGUGGUCAAAUUCGCCUACACAGCGGAGAGGGACGAUGAGCUGACCUUAAUGAAGGGCUCCCGGGUGGUGGUGAUGGAGAAGUGCAGCGACGGGUGGUGGCGAGGCAGCCAGGCAGGACGUGUGGGCUGGUUCCCUUCCAAUUACGUGCAGGAAGAGAUGGUAGGGGCAGACGACGGAGGGGAGGUUGACACCUCACGGAUAUACCAUACUCAAGGGACCAUGCUAGCUAACGGGAGCAUCAGCGUAGGCGUGCUGGACCUGGUGCAGACCCUCUACCCCUUCAGCUCCGUCACAGAAGAGGAGCUCAACUUUGAGAAGGGCGAGGUCAUGGAGGUGGUGGAGAAGCCAGAGAACGACCCCGAGUGGUGGCGGUGUCGGAACUCGCGCGGCAUGGUGGGGUUGGUACCUAAAAACUAUGUGACGGUACUGGACGAGCGACCCGGCCCUUCGCCGUCGGCGACCCUCUCUCCGCUUAAACGCCACGUGACCACAGCACGCUCAGGGAAGUUCGCAGGGAGGGACUGGUACUACGGCAACGUCACCCGACACCAGGCCGAGCGUAUUCUGAAUGAAAGAGGAGACGACGGCGACUUCCUCAUACGGGACAGCGAGUCGUCGCCCAGUGACUUCUCGGUGUCCCUGAAGGCGGCGGGCAAGAACAAGCACUUUAAAGUGCAGCUGUGCGAUGGCGUCUACUGCAUUGGCCAACGCAGGUUCACGUCCAUGGAGGAGCUGGUGGAGCACUACAAGAAAGCCCCCAUCUUCACCAGUGAGCACGGAGACAGGCUGUAUCUUGUCAAAGCACUGCUGUGA